AUGGUUAAUCAACCAGUUCGUCUGGUUCAACAUAUCGUUCAUACGAUAGUCCUAGCACCAACCGUACAAGCAGGUCUUUGGACGGUCGACAUUGACAACGGACCAGCUCCAUCUCCAGAAGACGGCCCUCCUUUGUCGGCGCAUGCUUCUCGAAAUCACAACUUGCUUGCCGGGCAAAUCUGUGGAAUCAUAGCCGCCUAUCUAGCGACCAUCUUUAUCCUUGGAUGUUUUCUUCUCACGUUUGGAAGACGAAUGAGAAGAGCUGCUCUGUUGGCCUCUUCGACCACCUCGGUGGAAAUGGUCAAACCAUCCAUCACACAGUUCGACGACUCGCCACUAAGCCCACAUUCUCAAAGAUCCUGGUAUAGCCCUCGAAGGCUGAAGAAGAAACGCAGCAUGCAAGGCAGUACUAGGACGGCCAGUAAUCCUUCCAGUCCAGCAGUACAAAGUGUUGCAUCCUUCGACCCUAGUGUCAUUGAGGCAGACAGAGUGGCCAGACAACAAGAGCUGGAGCAUCUCUAUGCCGCAGCAUUGGCUCAGGAAGCAGCCAAAUCUCGGACUACAGUCACAGAAGAUGAGAUACCCUCACCUGGGCCUACAUCAUCCAGACCGAGAAAACAACCUCCGAGGCUGCUGACAUCGGCUCCCACUCUUGCACAUCUGCACUUGCAAGAUUCUCAGGUCAGCCCCGUAUCGCCUAGAAGUCCUAUUCGAGCUAUCUAUCCUCCACGUUCUCCUCGUCCACACCCGACGUCACCGAUCUCACCCAUGCGGCCAGAUUACGGCCAGCCCGCAUCUCCAAGGAUACAAAUGCCAGCAUCUCCCGGCGGAGCGUCGACACGUACGCGGACAUCCUCGUUUGGAUCUCAGAUUGAAGGCAAACGUCCUCGAAAAGGAAUUCGUAAUCUACGCAUUCAACAUCGCCACUACGAAGUGUCUGAUGAAGAAGUUCGCACUCCGUUGACUCCACGCUACUAUACCGACUCGGGAAUGCCACCGAGUCCGCCACCUAGAAGCGAAGCACCGACUACGCCAGGUACACAUGAUGGCUAUGGAACACCUGUCGAUGUCGAGAACUUUGAUGAGAUCAGAGUCAUACCUCUACCAGAGCCACAAAGGACCAGAAGCUACCAAUAUGAGAUCCCGCGAGUUACAGGUCGCGCGCCCAGGCAGACAGAACUCAGGCUGGAUACCGCGGCUACAGCUGGUCACAGUAUCAACAAUCGAACAUCUUCGUUGAAUGUUUCUGUGUCAACUCUAGGUACACUGCCCUUUCGUGUGAUGACACAAUCCGAUGGUAUGCCAUUGGCAUCACCUGGUCUCGUCACAAAGACGACUUAUCUCGAGAGGCGUCGCGACAUGUUGAGUGCUCCUCGCACAGGCAUGGCUACACCGUAUAGUCCAUAUAUGCCGUUCACGCCUGUAACACCAGUGACGCCUCACUUGACAAGUAGGGCAGAGAGGAGACAACGCGAAAGAGAUGAAGGAAGACGUGCUCCAGUUGCACAAGACCAAGUCAUUGACGAAGAGGAGAUGUGGGGAAGUGGCUAUUGA